AUGAACCACAAUUUUGACGUACAGGAAAAGCUCGAGAGUAUAUUGGAGGUGUCACUGUACCGCACAGAAUUAGAAAAGACACCUCGGAGUCCACGCAUCAAAGUGACUAAAGUCAUCACUAAAGCACAGAAUUUAACAAACGAUUUGACUUUUGACGAACUUGAUUCUGAAGGAAGAGAUUCGAUUGACAUUUAUCAAGUGCAUCACUUCCUUGAAACGUCAUCUGUUGAUAAGAAGCCAAUUUAUUUACUUAUUAAAGAUGUGAGACAGAUAUUGAAUGAAAUGUCCCUCUCGAAACCCUACUGUGUCCAACGAAGUGAAUUCAAUUUGUUGCUCAAAUAUAUCAAAGACAAUCAACCCACACUCGAAGCGAUGUCUUUGGACAACUCUCUCUCGAAGAGAUACGCAGCUUUGUAUAUAGCCCCAACCAUUUUCUGCUUCAUGAAAGGGCAGAGUUAUAUGUUUGGAGAAUUAAGAAAAGAAGAAGUAAUUUGUGAAGACAAAUAUCAUAUGGCUGUGAAGGAGAUGAUCUUCGCAUUACCAGAAAAAACUCCUCAACAACACAUGUGGAAAACUAUAUUGCCAGACUCUUUUUUCAGUUCAGAGGAAUUUCAAAGGGUUCUUGUUCGCCCCUCUAAAACCUCUUUGUUACGGAAUUCACACCAGAAUGUCAUUCCUCCACAAAUCUUUUUCGAAAUGUUUGCGCCCAAUUUUCGGUUUAAAGACCACGCCAAUUUACUGGCAGGCGUUCAUUUUCUCACAGAAAGUCAAAGGACUUUGCCGGAAUCAUUUUGUUUGCGAAUUAAAAAUAUUAACAUUGGUGGGGACGUACCACCCGAAACGUUACGAUAUGUUGGAGCAAUAUACGACCAAAAUUCACAAGAGAAGUUGACUGAGAAUUUUGUGAUGGAAAAUGAAGGGGAGACUUUUAACGUCUUUUUCCUGACAAAUCAGGUGAAAGGGAGCCAAGUGAUUUUAGUCAUCGACGUCUUAAGACGAGCCGGUGAAGAUAUCCAAACAGCAAGAGAGUUGUAUUAUAAGGGAUUUGAAGAUAAGAAAGUGAGAAAGAAAUAUACCGAACGGAAGUGUUGGGCGUAUUGGCAACAUUUGAUGUUUGGGUACGCCAAUUUGAAAGAUGAUUUCGAGAAGGAGAAAGGGGAGGAACAAAUCAUUUUCUUUAAGAGUGAAUCGGAAAAUGAAAGCAUUUGGGAAAUUCUGGAAAAUGAAGAAAAUCGAAAAAAAGCCGAAAUGAAUGCUUCCCUUUUCUUUAAUAAAAACAACGAAAAUGUACAAUGGAGGUGUGGAAUGAAUAUAUGGAAAAAUCCACGGUCUGAGGGGGGACAAACUCUGUGUGACAGCAACAAAAGUAAAUGUCAAGACUUUGAGAAACAACCACUCAAAAAUGGGCAAAAAUCAGAUGUCGAACCACCGAAACUCAUACGUGUUUUAGACAACCUGCGCUAUAUAAAAAGCACCGAGGAGAUUAUCUUCGAUUUUAUCAAUCGCCUUUACAUCUACCCUCUCGACGUUUCUUUCGGUAAAGACAAAAAGAAGAAGACAGCGAUAUGCAUAACUUUUCAAGUCUAUUACAACAAAGUAACAGAAAAUUGUAUAUACACUCCUUCAGGGAGUCUCGACUCUAAUUACUCUUCAAAUCUCUUAGUUGGGAAGUCCUUUGGCACAUUUGAUGAGAUCAAAAUAGAGCUUCCCUUCCCUCUUAAAAACGGCCACUUUCUCGUCUUCACCAUUCAAGAAAUAGCCGAUGGCAGUGUGAAAAAGGAGUCUUUCUCUAUUCUUACAUUAUACACUGAUAACCACAUCAACUUCCAAUACGGAAAAUUGGUCCUCCCCAUCUACUCAAGUCUCGAGGAGGCAUUGGCACCCCCUCAAAUACCAACAAAGAAAUGGCUAACAGUAUUAAUAACACCAUUCACGACAAUAUACCCAACUACUCCAGAAGCACAUCUUUCUUUAGUUAAUUUCUUGGAAGGGAAUUUAGACCAAAAUUUUAAAAAUAUCCCACUGAUAGAUACUAUCCACUUUUUGCCUGUUAUUCUCCAAACGUUUUUAGAGUCGAAUACCGUGAAAAAUAUUGAAGUGUUGGCUUUGUUAAUGAAAACGGUGUGCGGACAUACAAAUUCAUCACAAAAGAGAAAUUGUAUUGUCGAGUCCUUUGUCCAUAAGUUUUGCGAUUUCAAAAGUAAAGAGACGGAGACGAACUUAAUUAAAGCACUGAUCAUUUUAUAUAAGUUUGAUGACACAACUCCACAAACGGAGAUCUUAAAACACUCGUGGCUCCCUUUUGAAAUAUUGAAGAAGUCGAUCUCGCAAAUUGGCGCAGACCAAAGUUUCUUCCAAAACCUAUUAAACUUCGCGACGAGUUUUUCGAAUUGCAUUCGGUCACAUAUCAUGAAAAAGGAAAUUUUGGGUGUUGAAGAAGGCAACGCACAUUUCUCGUAUUUCAUUCGUUCAAUUCUGGAAUUGGGGUAUAAUUCGGAAGCAGUCACUUUAAUGGAAGAAUAUUUGAAUAAACUGACUUGGCCGUAUGACGUCUUAGUUCGUGGGAAGAAAUACACCCAAGACCAACCCGAGAUGGUUGCUUUAACACUGUUGAAAACGCAGUUUCUUGCUGUUUUUGAGAGCAGUUUAAGUCUUUACGAGUCGUCGAAUCCUGGGAAUAUAGAUACAAGUGAUAUCACUAUGUUAGAUGAUUUGUUGUGGGUGAGACACUUACCUAUUGCAUUCUUGAUGAGACAACACUUGUUUCUGCUGAAUAAGAACGAAGAAAUUAAUCGAGCGUCCCUCUAUUUAAUGGUUGGAAUGGUCGAAAGACUCGACUUGGACUCGACACUGCAAGGAGAGAAGAAAGAAUGCGUUGCUGCUAUGUUCCUUCCUUUUGUCGUCCAAUUCAUUGAAAGCUUCGAGGACUUCGCGACGUGGAAAUUCAUUAAAAACACAGAGAAAGUGAAUAAAGAAAAGAGCUCCCAUUUACUGCGAACGAUGGGAGAAAGGUCGAUGACUCGAGUGCCUAUCAAAUUAAAGGAAAUGAAUGUUGAACUAAUGACGAGUGACACUUUAUUACUGAAUUCAAGAGAAAAGAAAAUUGUCGAAACGCCACUGCAGAACAUAUUUGAUAUUGAAAUGCUCGGAUUGAUCUUUGUGUGGGUACUUAAAAACUUGAAAAAGGAGGUCUUAGUCGAGUGGAUCAAAAAUGAAGUUCCUUCGCGGUUACAAAUACUUGUGAAUAUAUUAACACGUUAUAUCUUACUCUUUUCAUACUUUCCUAUAAACGAGACUAUCGAUGUCUAUGAGGAGGUUGAUCGGAAUAUUAAGUUGAUAGUGAAUGGACUGAAAGAGCACGGGUACUUUUUAAAUAUGAACUUGUCACUCUCCUCCGCGUUUUCAGAAGACUUGUUUAGCCCAAAAAGUAACAAAUUCUCCAUACCAAUCAGUCGAAGUUUAAGACUGAUUAGAAGGGAUGACGAACAACACGAGAAGUUACAUCAAGUACUUGGAAGGGAAAUAGUAAGAGAGUGCCUUGAAGUGUAUCACUUGAUAUUUAAUUCUUUGGUCAACCAAGAGGCUAUGGAGCAUCUUGAGAUAGUCAAAACAAAUAUAGCAACAAAACUCCUCGAAGAAAAAGUGGUGAAUGAUGACAUCUUCACAUUCAUCAAGAACUUGAGUAUUUCACUGAUAACAACUGGCAUUGUAGAAGUCAAUGAAAUGAACCGAAUUUGUUUUGAUUCGUGUAUUUCUGCGUUACAUGAGCUUCACAAAACGGAUAUUAAAAGCAUCACUACCAGUGUGGUGGAUAUUAAAAGAGAUUUGUUGACACCAAAUAUCCAAAAUUUGAAGAACAGAAAAUUAAUUAUACGAACAGAAACACUGGGAGAUAUAGAAGCACUUUGUAUCGUCCUUUUAGACUUAAUUGCUAUUAGACUUGAUACGUUAAAAUUCCUCAGUGAAUUCAAAUCAACACCUGUCAACAAGUAUUCCAGAAUGAUUGAGACUGUUGUUGGAAUACCAUUUAUUAUCAACGAGAAGGUGCUCAACAAUUUGGAAACAAACUUGAUCAAAUACGACGAUUUGAGUGUCUACAAAACAGUCUCGAAAAUCAUGAAGAAUUUGAAGACCAAAUUUAAGGAAGUAAAAUUGAUGGAGACAAAAAUGUGUGAAACUGCACAACGGAAUAAAGAAUUGGAGUCGCAGACAAGUAAACUCUGUGAAGAGACUAAGGAAGAGUGUUUGAAAGGGAUUCGGUGGGUAUUAAAUAUGUUUGUCACAUUACCACUUGAUAUUAAAAACGCAGGACUUAAUUAUUUGACGGCUCGAAAUCGGAGUGAAAAGUACACAAAAGAAGCCGAGGAACUAAAAUCGACUUAUAGAAAGCGUCUGCAAAUUCUUGAGGAUAAUCCUUUAUUUCCAGUUUCUUUUGUUGAAUACGAGGAAAUUGUGAACGACUCGUUAAAAGUGAGUAUUAAAUAUCAUGAAGUGUUGUACGCCAUAGCAAAGAAUAUGAAGAUGUGUAUAACUGAAGACAAACGUAUUAAUACUGAAAAUGGGCAACAGAUGUCCUUACUGCAAAAGCUCUAUGAAGAUCUUUUAUUUAACUUGGAUAAAACCAACUCAUUUGAAAAGUCCCAAAAGUUGAAGACAAUGAGUUUUCCAAAGGAAAUUCCGUUUGACAAGAACUUGAAAAGUUUGAGCUUCUCGUGCUUUAAUUUGUUCAUUGAAGUAGUGCCUUUGAUUGUCAAAGUACUUCAAAAGAUCGAUAAGAUAGUCGAGAAGACAAGUAAUAACCAAAUGAAGCUUGAGGGAGCCGAGAAGUGGUUUGAGUUGGAGAGGGGGUAUAUCACUUCUGUUAUUCAAUUGAAAGAACAGGACAACGCAAUCAAAGUUGUGACUAAAACGCCGAUGCAUGAGUCUUCUGUGGUGAUCUUUGUGAUGACUGAUAUCAUCAAAACGUUGAUAACUGAUGGGAAACUGUUUAAAGAGAAGGUGAGUAAAAGUGUAGAGCUUCGGGGAACGUUGAAACGGAUUCUUUUUGAAGAAGCAUCAGGGAGGAGUAGAAACCCAACAAAGAGAAGAAUUACACGACGGUCGUUGCGUGUUGAAGAUAAGACUCUUCGGAGGAUGACAGUCGCGUAUAAUUUGGAUAACGAUGAAAAGGCGUUUGGGUGUAUAGAAAAUGAGAAUGAAAUGGUUUGGAAGUUUCUUGAAGAUAUAGCGAGUGAGGGGAGUAAAGUAGAGAAGAUGGUUGAAGCCCUCAGUCAGAAAUACACAAGUUGUAAUGUGAAAGAAAAAGAGCGGGAGACGUACCGAGAGCGUGUAAAGGCGUUAUGGGAAACAUAUCGAACGACACACUUUGGGAAUUUCAGUGCAUUAAAAGAAUUUUUGAUUAAAGAAGUCGACGAAGAUGUUCCAUAUGAUGGAGACGUCGUGUUAAUUCCCGACGACAAAGUCGAAGAAAAAGAAGGAGGAACAAUGAAGAGUGACGUACAAGAGAAUGCAUUGCCCAUCGACGCAAAAAUAGAAGGCAAGAAAGAAGAAGUGGUGAGCAAAAGAGUGACUCGAGCAACAAAAGUGACUAAACGAGACAAGGUCGUCUCUCUUGUAGAAGAGAUGGUUACGGGCAAUCUUGACUAUAAUAAAAUGCAAAAGCCGAAGAAGUUUGCGACCCAGAAACUUAAAGUUGAAGUGGUAGAAGUGAGUAUUCCACAAAUCAACUCGUUGCUCCAAGAAGAUUUAAUAACAGAGAAAGGUACCUUUGUAGAAGACUCAUUUUUGGACUUGAACCUCUAUAAAAUAUCACAGUAUGAACUCUCAAUGAAAAACUUGAAGAAAGAGGUCCGACAGUUGAUGACCAAACAUACUGAAUUGAAUGAAAUACAACAAAAAGCAAGAGACCCUGAUUCAUACACAGAACGAUUGUAUACAUUUGCCUGUGGAUAUUCGGAAACGCCAAGACUGUAUUUGAAGUGGGUGGAAAAGAUGGCAGAGGAACAAGCGAUACGGCAAAAUUAUUUGGAAGCGGCACUUGCAGUCACAAAUUUGGUCAUUUUUGUCUCACAUUUUUUAGAAGGAGGAAAGAUCUUUGAAAAGAUUCGCAAGAUCUCCCCCGCAGACUUCUCGAGUUUCUCAAGUUUUGGGAAGUACGAAAAGGUGGAGAACAAGAAGUUUGAUGAGGUGAUGAAACAAGAAGAGAUUGAAGGAUUCAAUCAGAGUUACCUUCUGAAAUACGUCGACUCUGCAGUGAACUACUUUAUGAUGAAAAAGGCAUAUGGGUAUGCUGAAUACCUUCUUGAGGCCACGGUGGAGUACUUAGUGUCACAAAAUGAAAUCGUUCGUCUGCAAGAAGUUCAUAAUAAGAUGAGAAAUGUGUAUGACCAAAUGUCAAAGAAUAAAAGCUUUGACACACAUUUUUAUUUGGUUGGAUUCUUCGGGAGUGUCUUUGAGAAGAUGAACGAGAAGGAGUAUGUCUAUCACUCGUCGUUACCAAAAGAUAUUUUUACUAUAGAAAUUAAAGGGAUUGUACCUUUUGAAAAGAAGAAGGAAAUCAUUGAAUUGGGUGAGACGGACAAAACAAGUGGGUUGCCUUUGGAUCAGAUUUAUAUCAAAGUUGUUGAAGUCUAUCCGAUGAAAGAAGAUGGUGAAUUUUGUUCGCAAGUGUUUAAGAACGAGUUUUUAGUCAAAAGUGGGCAAGAGACGUAUAAGCGUCGUAUCGUGUACGAAACAGCCCAACCCCUUCCAUCACUUAUACGUCGUCAAAUCAUCAUAAAUAAACAGUUGGAUAUCUACAUGAACGCUAUUGAAACGUCUUUGGACGAAAUCGACGAGAUGUCCGCAGCACUCAACAAAGCGACUAUUCCACCUAUAACGGAAGAACUCACAGAAAAACUUAAAGUUGUUUUGCUUGGCGAAAAUGGUCCAAUAUACGCAGUCGAGAACUUUUUGGGGAAGAAAAUAGAGGAGUACCCACCCGAACAAAUCAGCGAAAUGUGGGAACUGAUAGCAACACUUUUGGAUAACAUCAAAAACGCACUCCCCGUCCAUUUGAGAAACUUCCCCACUCAUCCACUUACUUCACAAUUUUCAAACGCUUUUAGGAAGCUCAAAUUUAUUGUGAAUGAUGCGCAAAUUAAUGUUCAAAAUGUUGUUGGCGUGCUUGCGUUCAGUUAA